GUAAGAAAUCCAAGGAAUCUGGAAAACUUCACCUUCACUGUUUAGUACCAGGUAUUUUUUCUCUGAGUCUCACUGGUUAAACUUUUGGAUAAAGUUUGAUUAAUUGGAUCAUUCCAAAUAAAUCAAAAUAGACUAUAAACUGUUAAAACAAAUCGUUACAGUUCUAAUUUUUAAAGGUUGUUUUAAUUUGGUGUUGAAAUUAGUGGCAGCAAUAAAUGAAAAAUGAAUCAAAUGAUCUAAAACAUCAACAAUUCUCACAGUUCAAAUGAAGAAAAAAUGUUGUUUCGUACUUUAAACACUAGGUGGCGCCAAAAACAAAUAAAUUAGCAUUUAAUCAAUUUUUAUUAUUGACCUGGUGAUUAUGGAAUGUAAUUGUGUUUCCAUUGUGCGACUGCAGCUCAAACGUGUUUUUCCUGACAGUCAUGAGCUGUUUGAGGAGGACUAGACUAUAAUCUGAUGUAAAAAGCUGUUUUUGUUCUUCAGUGUUGGUUUGAAAUUUUCUACAACCAAAGAUCCCGGUUAAAGUCAACCGCUGGAACCAGUCCUGCCCCUUCCGGAGGCCGGACAGGGCGCCACCACGGACUGUGUUGGAAGGCCAAACCCCUCGGUAUCCAAACGUGUCCUGUGAACGGCCACGUGGGGGCCCCUGCGCGCCCCCCGCCGCCUCUAGAGCUCUCCUCUUUUCAGGCCGCUGCCAAAUUCCCUCCUCCUCCUCCGCCUCGUCCCUCCUCCUCCUGCAUGCAGCCCCUCUCGGGGCAGCAUUCUCACCCCGCUGUCUGGGCGCCGCGGACGCAGGCGCAGACAUGAACCCGUGCGCCCGCAGGCUGGCCCGGCGGCCGCGCUCCGCGCUGCUGCUGCUCGCCGCCGUGGCCGUCCUGCUGGUCCAGACCCUCAUCGUGUGGAACUUCAGCAGCCUGGACUCCGCUGGUGGGGAUGGGGGCUCCAGGAGCCGGGAGAAGAGGGGGGAGCGCGCGGCGGGGCUCCACAAAGACAACCGGGAGUCCCCGCGGAGGGGGCCACAGGGAGGGGGCUACCCGCCGCCCGGGAAGGCGGCGGCGCGCCACAAGCUGCAGGCGGACGUUCACGUCUCCCAUCGGCCCAAAGAGAAGCUCCGUUCGGACAGCAACAGCGAGAACUCCGUCCCCAAAGACUUCGACAGCGUUGACAGCAACAGCAACCUGGCAGCGAGAUCACAGCACCUGCGGGCGGUCGGCGCCCACAGCAAACGCAGGCUGGAAAAAGCCCAGGGCAUGUUGGGAAACGAGGCCUUUAAGCACAUCCAGCUUAAAGGCCGGAACCACACCCAAUCCCGGAAGAGCCCGCCCCAGCUGCCAAGCUUUGCAGCACCAGCUCAGGGGUCCAAUCAGGGUCUGCCGGCGCCGCUGCCCGGGCUGGAGGCAAAGAAGGAGCAGCGGCAGUGCGAGAUCGGUGGGAAGGAGGCCAUCUCAGCUCUGUCCAGAGCCAAGAGCAGGGAGUGCCGGCAGCAGAUCGUAGAGGCGUUCUGCAGGCACAAAGAGAGGGCGCUGAUGCCCGAGAAGGUGCCCCGCCUCUGCCCCUCAGAAGGGAAACCCCUCAUGACCGUGCAGUGGGACGAGGGCGUGGCCUCUGAUGGGGCUCCUCCCGCAUGCAUCGCCUUCGUGCUGGUCGUUCACGGCCGAGCCUCUCGACAGCUCCAGCGGCUCUUCAAAGCCAUCUAUCACACAUCACACUACUACUACAUCCACGUGGACCAGAGGUCUGACUUCCUGCACAGAGAAGUUCUGUCUCUGGCCCGUCAGUAUCCAAACGUCCGUGUGACCCCCUGGAGGAUGGCCACCAUCUGGGGGGGUGCCAGCCUUCUGACCAUGUACCUGCGCAGCAUGGAGGACCUGCUGUCCAUGACCGACUGGUCCUGGGACUUCUUUAUCAAUCUCAGCGCUGCUGACUUUCCCAUCAGGACCAACGAGCAGCUGGUGGCCUUUCUGUCCAAACACCGCAGCAAGAACUUCAUCAAAUCUCAUGGUAGAGACAACGCGCGCUUCAUCCGGAAACAGGGCCUGGACCGACUCUUCUUGGAGUGCGACGCCCACAUGUGGCGCCUGGGAGACCGAAAGAUCCCAGAGGGCAUUGCUGUGGACGGAGGCUCUGAUUGGUUCCUGCUCAGCCGCUCCUUCGUGGAUUAUGUGGUGAACUCCGGGGACGAGCUGGUCAACAGCAUGAAGCGCUUCUACGCCUACACGCUGCUCCCCGCCGAGUCGUUCUUCCACACCGUGCUGGAGAACAGCGCUCACUGUGAGACCAUGGUGGACAACAACCUGAGGCUGACCAACUGGAACCGCAAGCUGGGAUGUAAGUGCCAGUACAAGCACAUUGUGGACUGGUGCGGCUGCUCGCCCAACGACUUCAAGCCCUCCGACCUGCCACGCCUCCAGACGUCCAGACCCACCUUCUUCGCCCGAAAGUUUGAGGCCAGCGUCAGCCAGGAGGUCAUCAACCAGCUGGACGCCUUCCUGUUUGGAGCGUUCCCCCCCGGCACUCCGGGCCUGCAGUCCUACUGGGAGAACGUCUACGAUCAGGAAACGGAUGGACUGUCCAGCCUGCCGGACUCCAGGCUCAGUCACUAUCACGCCUUCGCCCGUAUGGGGCUGUCCCACGCCGCUGGCUUUCUGCAGGGGCGUCCCGACAACCACAGCUGCAGGUUCAUGGCUGUCAGCCACCCGGUGUCGGUUCACCUCUACUUCGUGUCCGACCGAUUCCGGGGUUACCUGGUCCGCCACGUGGCCACUAACCGUGCCUCAACCCAGAUGGAGACACUAGAAACCUGGGUGACUCCUACAGACCACUUUGCUCUGGCCAGCCCGCCUCACGCCAACAACCGGCUGCAGCACAUUCAGGUUGGUUCUGACUGGGAUCCAAAGGAGCGGAUCUUCAGGAACUGGGGGGGUCUCUUGGGACCUGAAGAUGAGCCUGUGGCCGUGCAGCGCUGGAGCCGAAGCCAGAACAACUUGACGGCCACCAUCGUGUGGAUCGACCCCACCAACGUCAUCGCCGCCACCUACGACAUCCUGGUAGACGCGUCCGCCGAGGUCACCCACUACCGGCCGCCGCUCACCUCGCCUCUACGGCCCGGAGUCUGGACCCUGAGGGUGCUGCAGCGCUGGAGCCUGAUGGGUCAGACGCGCUUCAUCGUCGCUCCGCUGGAGUUCCACAAGCAGCAGCCCAUUCAGAGAGAAGACGCCCAGCGUCUGCACGGCGGCCCGGCAAAGAACUCCUACAUGGAGCAGAGCUUCCACGGUCUAAACCCGGUGCUGCAGCUGCCGGUCAGCCUGGUGGAUGUGGAGGCGGCAGAGGCCAACGCCGGCCUGACGGGGGCGCCGCUCCGCCGCUGGGUGGAUGGACUGCUGGGGGGCCACUGGUCCGCCUCAGACGUCUGUUUGUUGGGCCCCAGCGCUUGCACAUCCACAAAACACUGCAGGACCACGGCUUGGAGCUCCACCAGCCCUGACCCCAAAUCUGAACUGACCCCCCCCAGCAAGAACGGACGGAUCAGGUAGCAGCAGGUGGGGCUGAGAGAAGACGGGUGGAUGGAGAUGAAGAAAUGAAGGAAGAGACUUUUAUUCUUUGUCUGAUAUUUAUUUAUUUAAACCUCCAAGAACACGUCUGAGACUGAACAGUGGGGCCCCCCCUGAAGAGAAAGCUUUCUGUCAGUCUGCUCUUUCGUUUGGGACCACGAAGCCACAUGAAAGAAUGAAUGUGAGAUAAAGAAGUGCAUACCUCAUGUUGUUGUCUCCCUGAUCAACAGCUGCUCCUUCCUAAAGGUCACUUUUUGUUUCAGACUGAAAUCGUUCAGCCUUAAAAGGUGCAAUAACUUUUUCUGUCCUAUUUUGUAAAAUAAACUCAUUAAAAUAUGUUGGCGUUGUAAAUAA